AAAGGCUUUAAAAAAAAAGGACAGGAAGCGCAUUCUGGAGAGCAGGAGGAAAAGUUUUAAGAGAAGACUGCAGUUGAAAAUGAGUUUGCAGGAGCCGUGGUGAGCCAUUCCUCUCCAGCUGAACGUCAUUAGGUCACAGUGGAAGCAGAGGUCUGGACCAAAGAGCUGUCUCUACCCCGAAACCAUUUCAGAUGGAGGUGGAUGCAGACGAUAAGCGCCAUCGAACACGCUCCAAAGUGCCUGUGGAUCCAGCAUUGACAGAGCUUUUCAGUGUGUAUGGCUGCCCUCUGGCCAAAAAGAGAAAGAGUCUAGACAGACAAACUCUGGAAACUUCCCCCAAGAGGAGCACCUACCUAGAUGACAUGGACAACUCCACAAUGGAGGAAUGCUACGAGACAGACGGAACUGAGGAGAUGGACGAUAGGGAGGAAGAGGAGGAGGAAGGAGCUGUAGAGGAGGAAGAGGGAGAAGUGGAGGAGGAAGAGGAGGAGGUGGAAGGCUACAUGGACUACAACAUAGAGCAAAUGGAGCAUGAAGAUGGGGAGGUGGAGAGAGGUGAUGGAGAGGGGGAAGAAGAAGAAGAAGAGGACGAAGAGGAGGUAGAGGUGGAGCAAGAAGAGGAGGAGGAAGGUGAUGAGGAGAGGGAAUGUAACAAUGCCAAAUCUGGCCUGAUGACGGAGAAAGACAACAACAACAAUGAUGAUUUUGAAAACUAUGAUGAACUUGUGGCCAAGUCCCUGCUAAACCUGGGUAAGAUUGCAGAAGAUGCUGCCAACAGGGCCAUGACAGAAUCUGAGAUGAACAGCAACUCCUCUCAUAGUGAAGAGGAGGAAGAAGAGGAGGGGGAAGGCAAUGAAGCACAGAGGGGUGAUCUAAGUUUGGACGUUGACAGUGAUGUAGUCCGGGAGACGGUGGACUCCCUUAAACUGCUGGCACAAGGUCAUGGUGCAGUGUUGUCUGACAAUUUAGAUGGACAGGAGUUUGAGGACGGUACAGCUGAGAACGUUGACGAGACUGACUGUACCCACAGUGGGGGAAAUGUACACAACGGUGGUAAUGGACAAGUUAAAACCACCAGUAAUGGACAAACAGAAAACAGCGAUGAGGAAGUGUGUUUAAGCAGUCUGGAGUGCCUACGAAACCAAUGCUUCGACCUGGCCCGGAAACUAAGUGAAACAAAGUCAGCUGACCGAAAUGGACCAUCCCAGCAAAAUCAUUUCUCAUGUGGAGAUCCCAAUCAGCAGCCCCAGCAUCAUGGCUAUGGGGAAUUCCACCAUAGCCAAGACGACAGGCGAACGCAUGAUAGGAACUAUUCCGACAUGGACAAUCUCAUGAAGCUCGAGGAGCAGCUGAGCCCACGCUCCAAAGCUUUCUCCAGUUGCGGGCAGGAUGACCGGUAUCACACCAACCACCGAGAUUUUGAUGAGGACACUGCCUCAGUAACGUCAGACCGAUCAGAAGAAGUGUUUGACAUGACAAAGGGUAACCUGUCCCUAUUGGAGAAGGCCAUUGCACUAGAGUCAGAACGUGCAAAGGCAAUGCGAGAUAAAAUGGCAGCUGAGGCUGCUAGGAGAGAUGGGGUGAGGUAUAACCAUGAAGACCAUGGCCCACGGCAUGGCUAUGGUGUUGAGCGUAAAGCCCGCCUUCCUGAUGGUAUGAAGAAGCCUUUCUACCAUAAAGAUACUUCACGUGCAGACAAGAAGGAAAGCCGGUGUCCAACACCAGGCUGUGACGGCACAGGUCAUGUUACUGGCUUAUACCCACACCAUCGGAGCCUCUCUGGCUGUCCGCACAAAGACAGAGUGCCACCAGAAAUUGUGGCAAUGUAUGAGAAUGUUCUUAAGUGUCCUACGCCUGGCUGCACGGGACGCGGCCAUGUCAAUAGCAACAGAAACUCCCACAGAAGUCUGUCAGGAUGUCCCAUUGCUGCAGCCGAGAAGCUGGCCAAAGCCCAGGAGAAGCACCAGAGUUGUGAUGGCCCCAAGUCCAACCAGGCCUCUGACCGAGUCUUAAGGCCUAUGUGCUUUGUCAAACAACUGGACUAUCCACAGUAUGGUUACAAGAACAAUGUUUCCACCAGCACACCCCGCUCCAACCUGGCCAAGGAGUUGGAGAAGUACUCCAAGACCAGCUUUGACUACAGCGCCUUUGAUGGCAGCAACAACCACCAAGUGUAUGGGAAACGGGCCAUCGCACCCAAAGUUCACGGACAAAGGGACACCUCUCCAAAAGGAUAUGAUGCUAAACGUUACUGCAAGAACUCCAGCUCGGCCAGCAGCACCACCAGCACCUAUGCUCCCAGCAGUAGCAGCAGCAGUCUGAGCUGUGGAGGUGGAGGAGGGGGAACAGGAGGAGGAGGUGGGGGUGGGGGCAGUAGUGCCAGCAGCACCUGCAGCAAGAGCAGCUUCGACUACAGUCACGACAUGGAGGCCGCCCACAUGGCAGCCACGGCCAUCCUCAACCUGUCCACACGCUGCAGGGAGAUGCCCCACGGGAUGGGGGGGAAGCCCCAGGAUUUGUGCUCGCAGAGUCCCGGUCUAGAUGUUGAUGAGAACGGUACGUUGGACCUGAGUAUGAGCAAGCGUCUGUGCAGCGGUGGUGGUGGUGGAGGGGACUCUGUGCUCACCCCUCUAGAACCCAUGUCCCCCCAGAGGCAAGCUGCCCUGCUGGGCUCCCGCUGCUACGGCAUGGGGGAUGCCACUGACUGCUGGGACCUGCCAGUAGACUACACCAAGAUCAAACACAUAGAUGAGGACGAGAAAGAGGUAAAGGGGAAAAUAACAAGGACUCCGGAUGACCUGGAUCCCUUCCAUGACCUGCUGGAGGACCGCUCCUACACCACAGAUGUUAACAUGCCCAGCCCCAAGCCCAAGUAUAUCCAGUGCAAGGAGAGUAAGAAGGACCUGAUAACUCUCUCAGGUUGCCCUUUAGCUGAUAAAAGCAUUCGAAGUAUGCUGGCCAACAACGCACAAGAGCUCAAGUGCCCGACACCAGGGUGCGAUGGUUCGGGACAUAUCACUGGCAACUACGCCUCACACAGAAGUCUCUCAGGGUGUCCGCGAGCCAGGAAAAGUGGGAUAAAGAUCAUCCACAGUAAAGAGAACAAGGAGGACCAGGAGCCUAUCAGGUGUCCAGUCCCAGGUUGUGAUGGUCAGGGACAUGUGACAGGGAAGUAUGCAUCCCACAGAAGUGCAUCUGGAUGCCCCAUAGCAGCCAAGAGACAAAAGGAUGGCUAUCUAAACGGCAUUCAGUUCACAUGGAAGUCUGGCAAGACAGAGGGCAUGUCCUGCCCUACACCAGGCUGUGAUGGCUCAGGCCAUGUCAGCGGCAGUUUCCUGACACAUCGGAGUCUGUCGGGUUGUCCACGUGCCACCUCCGCCAUGAGGAAAGCCAGGCUCUCUGGAGUGGAAAUGCUAACAAUAAAGCAGCAACGUGCCAGCAACGGGCUGGAGCAUGAAGAGGAGAUCAAACAGCUGGAUGAGGAAAUCAAAGAUUUAAGUGAAUCUAAUUCACAAGUGGAGGCAGACAUGAUCAAACUUCGAACGCAGAUUACAACAAUGGAGUCCAACCUGAAGUCCAUAGAGGAGGAAAACAAGGUGAUUGAACAGCAAAAUGAAUCUCUCCUGCAUGAGCUGGCCAACCUCAGCCAGUCACUGAUUAACAGUUUAGCUAAUGUCCAGCUCCCUCAUAUGGAGCCAAUAAGCGAGCAGAACUUUGAUGCCUAUGUGACCACUCUAACAGAUAUGUACACAAAUCAAGACCAGUACCAGAGUCCAGAAAACAAAGUCCUCUUGGAAAACAUCAAGCAAGCUGUUCAAGGGAUCCAAGUGUAAGCAUUCAGUAAAAGGAGAUUUUUUUCCCCAAAGCAGGUGUGGGUGGUGUAUCAAAUCCACAUAUAAACAGGCAGUGAUGGUUCGAUCUCCUUGGUUCGGUGCAGUAACUUAUAUGGUGUUAUAUAUUUUAAAUUCUGUUCUCUCAAAAAAAGAGGUAUUAUGCUUAGAAAGACCUCAAGAUAA